GUGGGGUCACCACCUCAUCCCUAAUAUUACAAAAUCACAGAUGCCGGUGAUGAGAUGCUGGACUCAGAUGACUGCACCUUGUCCCUGGACAAUCUGUUUUUUGAGAGACCUAUCGUCCACAAAGUAAAGCCGCUGCACCAAGAGGCUGGUGCAUGGCAGCUGGAAGUGCCUCCAUCUUUCUCUCAGAUCCCAGGCACUCAGGAUAUCCAGAAGGAGGCAGAGUCUCUCUCAUCAUUGUACAAUUUCUCACAGAACCCCAAGAAAUCCCUGCCUACCCUUAAACGGUCAGCUGACUUUAAGGUCCUCACAUCAGACAUUACAAAUUCUCAGAGCUUCAGCAAUGAUGACAAAGAGGUAGAGGAGAGCCAGGGCAACAGUGGCAGCAGCAGUAGGUGUGAUGGCCUUUGGGGAGGUGAAAGGUUCAUGGAUUAUUCCCAGGAUGCCUGUCAGAGUGGCAGAGGUGGAGAUGAAACCCCGCUGGUUUCUGGUCAUGCGGUCAUCAGCAGGAGAUGUUUGUCGGUGGACUUCAGCCAAAGCCCACCUCUACGCAGAAGUUUGUUCAAGCCCUUGAGGGGUCAGGUGUUGAACAGUGGAGGCGACUUGUCAAACACAAAUGACCUCAGCAGCAGCCAGACAGCAUCCAGACCUCAAACUUUCCUCAGUCAGGUUACCAUGGUGACAGAGCCUCCUCCUCUUCAGCCACCACCGGCGACGGCUAGCCAGGCAGCUCCUCCUUUCUCCCCCAAGCCCCCCUUCCCCCUCCUUCCUCUGGGCUCAUCUGCAGCAAGUGGCCGACCCCCGCAGCAGGCAGCACAUGUAGAGAUGCAGGACAAGGGCACAAAGAGAGCCCUCGUUCCGCCCAUGACGCCUCAGCCACUCCACAUACAAGGGUCUUUUGGGUCUGGCAUUUUGCGACCAGUCUCUGAAAUCCCAGCUAAGUUCAGAUCUGUCUUCAAAGAGUUCCCCUUUUUCAACUAUGUUCAGUCCAAAGCCCUGGAUGACGUUCUUUAUACAGGUAAGAACUUUGUGGCCUGCGCUCCAACUGGAUCUGGUAAAACAGUGCUGUUUGAACUGGCCAUCAUCCGCCUGCUAAUGGAGACCUCAGAGCCCUGGAGAGAUGUCAAGGCUGUCUAUAUGGCUCCCAUCAAAGCUCUUUGCAGUCAGCGCUUUGAGAGCUGGAAGCAGAAGUUCGGUCCCCUGGGGCUGAACUGUAAAGAACUGACAGGCGACACAGAGAUUGAUGACUUCUUUGAGAUUCAAGAUGCCCACAUCAUCAUGACCACGCCUGAAAAAUGGGACAGCAUGACAAGGAAAUGGAAGGAAAACUGUCUGCUGCAGCUGGUCAGACUCUUCCUCAUCGAUGAGGUGCAUGUUGUCAAAGAUGCGAUACGUGGAGCCACUCUGGAAGUGGUGGUGAGUCGGAUGAAGGCUGUGCAUGCCUACAGGACAGCAGAAAACCCACAGCCUGACCUUUCUAUGAGGUUUUUGGCAUUGUCAGCCACUAUACCCAACAUCUCUGAUAUAGCAGACUGGCUGUGUAGUGAGAGCGGUCCAGCCACAUAUCUGGAAAUGGAUGAGAGUCACCGUCCAGUGAAGCUGAGGAAGGUGGUGUUGGGAUUUCCCUGCAACCCAAACCAAACAGAGUUCAAGUUUGACUUGUCACUCAACUACAAGAUGGCCAAUGUCAUACAGACUUACUCAGACCAGAAGCCUACACUUGUGUUUUGCUCCACAAGGAAAGGAGUCCAGCAGUCAGCCACAGUUCUGGCCAAGGACACUAGGUUCAUCAUGAGCUUUGAGCACAAACAAAGGUUAAUGAAAUAUGCAAACUCUAUCCUGGAUUCAAAACUGAGAGAUCUGGUGAUGCAAGGAGUUGGUUACCACCAUGCUGGAGUUGACAUAUCAGAUAGGAAGCUUGUAGAGGAGGCCUUCACUAUGGGAGACCUAUCUGUCCUGUUUACCACGAGCACCCUGGCCAUGGGGGUGAACCUGCCAGCUCAUCUGGUGGUGGUCAAGUCCACCACGCAUUAUGUCUCAGGAUCUUGCGAAGAGUACAGCGAGGCUGACAUCCUGCAGAUGAUUGGCCGAGCUGGAAGACCACAGUUUGAUACAUCAGCGACUGCAGUGAUUAUGACCAAGUCUCAGACGAGAGACAAGUACAUGAAGCUUAUGAAUGGGAUGGAAAUCAUUGAGAGCAGCUUACAUGGCCACCUGGUAGAGCACCUGAAUGCUGAGAUUGUCCUCCAAACCAUCAGCAAUGUCAACAUGGCUCUGGAUUGGAUACGCUCAACUUUCCUCUACAUCAGAGCUCUGAAAAACCCCAGACACUAUGGUUUCUCUGUGGACCUAGACAGAUGUGGAAUUGAAGCAAAGCUGCAAGAACUAUGUCUGAAGAACCUCAACUCUCUGUCCUCCAUUGGUCUGAUCACCAUGGAUGAGGACGUCAACAUCAAACAUACAGAGGCAGGCAGGUUGAUGGCCAGGUACUGUGUCGCCUUUGACACGAUGAAACACUUCACCAAUGUAUCUGGCACUGAGAGUCUGGCCGAACUGAUUGAGCUGGCGUCCAAGGGCGGAGAGUUCAAUGAUAUUCAGCUGAGAACAAAUGAAAAGAGAACCUUGAACACCUUGAACAGGGAUAAGAACAGGAUCACCAUCAGGUAUCCAAUGGAGGGAAAGAUCAGAACCAGUCAGAUGAAAGUGAACUGCUUGAUUCAGGCUCAGCUGGGUUGCAUCUCAGUCCAAGAGUUUGGACUUUCACAGGAGACUGUGAAAAUCUUCAGGAAUGGAAUGCGCAUCAGCAAAUGCUUGUCGGAGUUCCUCAUUCAGCGAUCCAAGAUGGGGUUCUCUGCUGUACUCAGCUCCCUGAUCUUAGCUAAAUGCUUCAGAGCCAAGCUGUGGGAGAACUCACCCUAUGUUUCUAAACAACUGGAGAAGAUAGGCCACACCCUGUCAACUGCCAUGGUGAACGCUGGACUCACCACUUUCAGCAAAAUAGAGGAAACCAACCCCAGAGAGCUUGAGCUGAUUGCCAACAGACAUCCGCCUUUUGGAAAUCAAAUCAGAGAAUCUGUCAUACAUCUCCCCAAGUAUGAAGUUAGUCUGGAACAGCUUCCAAGGUACAGCUAUACUACAGCAGAGAUUGUGGUGAAGGUGAAUCUAAGGAACCAGGAGCAGCUGCUGUCUAAAAGAACAGCUCCAGACCAUCACUACAGCACUCUCAUCAUUGGAGACUCUGACAAUACUGUGGUCUUCCUGCAAAAACUCACGGACUUGGUGCUGUUGAAGUCUGGUAGCUGGUCAAAGAAGAUUGAGGUGUCAAAGCCAUCAAAGGGAGAGGACAUCUGUGUCAAUCUCAUCAGCUCUGAAUACGUGGGCCUGGAUGUCCAGCAGAAGUUCAGUGUGUACUACUCCAGAACUAAGAGAUUUGGGAUUAAUAAUAUACCAUGCAAUCCAUAUAAGAAUCCAUAUAAUCCUAAUGGACAGCCAUCCCAGCCCUCUGCAGUGAAAUCACAGCCUACAGCACAGGCUCACCCACAAACUGGCAAUGCUGCAUCUGUUACAGAACAAGGUCAGUCAGAUUUAGGUAAAAGACAGUGCCACCAUUUCUGCAAGAAUAAGGACACGUGUGGCCACGACUGCUGCAAAAUAGGUGUGGCGGUGGUGCUGAAGAGGUCAGCAAACCAAGACCCCAGUUUCUCCUCCUAUCUCGAAGACCUUAGGAGCAGAAGUGACACACUCAUGCAGACUCCUGUCAAGCGACUCAAGAUGAAGAUGACUGAUGAGUAUGUGCCUGUAAACAUGCAGCAGUUUGCUUACAAACCUAAAGAGACACUACCUACUCUUUCCAGGUAUGGGGGCAAUAAAUCAAUCACUGAGGCUUUAAUGAGACCUCACACAGAGAUUGUGGAUCUGACUGGAGAAGACAGUGCAAGACUGUCAGGCACUGUACACCUGGAAGAGUUUGGCAAUGAUUAUGAUGGUUACCUGGCAGAUAAGUGUGAACUGGUGGGACAAUCUGCCUCUAGUCCUUCUCAUGCUCACCUACAGGAUCCCUCAAUGUGGAAGAAACCUGGAACCAGUAUUGGGGGGAGGCUGAACCCUAGACCUCAUGUAAACCAGAUCAAGAGGACUUACUCUGCUUACUCAGUGUCAGACCAGGCCACCCACUGCGAUUAUGUGCCCUCCUCACAAGCACCAAGUGUUACCUUUGACCUCGGAAAUGAGUGGGAUGAUUGGGACGACUUUGAUGACGAGAACUUGGUGCAUGCCAGUGACACACCGUUGUCGAUUUGUACAUCUAAAGCUAAAACUCAGGUCAAGCAGGCUGCUGAUUACAACAUGCCAAAAGGCUACACCACUUCAUCAGCACCGCCAUGCCUCACUUACACACAACCCAAAUCCUGCUUCACCACUCCCAGACCUCCACUGAGGGGUAUUUCACCCACUGUCAGCCUUGGAAUCAGAAAAGUGGGACCCUCACCACACACAGUCCAACCACACAACAGACUGACAGUUGCCUCUAAUAAAAAGGCAUGUAACAGCUAG